UUACCCAUGACUCCCCUGAAACGUAUGACCUGUCCCCUGUCUCUGGCCUUGGCUCGUAACGCUGUGCUGCUGUUCGUCAGUGCGUGCUGGCUCCAGGACUUAAUUAACGUUAACUAGCUAGUGUUCGUGUCCGACAGGUCCGCUAGUAAACUGGGAGCCGUCACAGCGGAGCGGAGCCACGAUGCUGAAAUGUAGAAGUGUAUGGAAGAAGCUUGCACCUCUGGCGAGAGCCUCCUCCACGGCGUGCCGGCUGAAUGUGAGAAGAGCAGGGUUAAACAAUGGCAGAAUACCAUCAUGUGUACCUGCAGCCCAGAUGUCCACCGGGCCUGCAGGGGGAGGUAGACAAAACCAGCUGUACUUUCUUCUGGUUGGAGUAGCCACCGUUGGUGGCAGCGUAUAUGCAUACCGAACUGUCAAGGGAGACCAAAAAAGAUAUCAGGAGCGUAUCGAUGAAAUUGCAUCCAGACCAUUUAAACAAGCCAUAGAAAAACCAGCCACACCCACCCAGUCGGAGCCUCCUGCUGCAGAAGCCACUGAGACAGAGGCCGUCCCUGAGCCAGAACCUCAAGCAGCACCUUCACCAGCAGAGCCGAGCCCUCCGGCCCCUGAUGCUGAAAUACUGGCCCCCGUUGAAACAACUGAACCACCCCCAGCAGAUGAGCCAGUCUUAGAAGCUUCCCCAGAGGAGGCAGCAGAACCAUCUGCUGCACCUCUAGUUGAGGAGGAACCACCAGCCCUCUCUGAGCCAUGCCCAGCUGAGCUUACAGAGGCGCCCCCUGCACCUGUUGUUGAGAGUGAACCUACAGCAGCAGCAGCAGCAGCAGACAUCCCCGCAGCAGAGCUAACUGAGCCUCAACCGGAAGUUGUGGCAGAGAGUGCAGAUGAGCCAGUCUUAGAAGCUUCCCCAGAGGAGGCAGCAGAACCAUCUGCUGCACCUCUAGUUGAGGAGGAACCAUCAACCCCCUCUGAGCCGUCCCUUGCUGAGCUCACAGAGCCAGCCCCUGCACCUGUUGUUGAGAGUGAACCUACAGCAGCAGCAGCAGAAAGCCCCGCAGCAGAGCCAACUGAGCCUCAACCGGAAGUUGUGGCAGAGAGUGGAGACUCCACACCUGCCUCUCUCAAGGUCCCCUCACACACCCCCUACCUCCUUAUUGGUGGCGGUACCGCCUCUUUUGCUGCUGCCCGGUCCAUUCGAGCCAGAGAUCCCAAUGCCAGGGUAUUGAUUGUGACUGAUGAGCCAGUCCCUCCAUACAUGCGACCACCUCUUUCUAAGGAACUGUGGUUCUCUGAUGACCCCAGUGUGACGGAAACACUACGUUUCAAGCAGUGGAAUGGAAAGGAAAGGAGUAUCUACUUCCAGCCACCAUCAUUCUACAUAAACGCAGAAGAAUUGGCUGGUGCUGAAAAUGGUGGAGUGGCAGUUCUCACCGGCAAAAAGGUGGUUCACAUGGAUGUGAGAGGAAACAAAAUAAAACUGGACGAUGAUACUGAGAUUUCAUACGACAAGUGUUUGAUUGCUACAGGUGGUGUGCCAAGAAAUCUACAGGUCAUUGAAAGAGCAGGAGAGGAGGUGGUGAAGAGGACAACGUUGUUCCGCAAGGUCGAGGACUUCAAAGCAUUGGAUAAGGUCUCCAGAAACAUCAAGUCCAUCACAAUCAUUGGGGGCGGCUUCUUGGGCAGCGAGCUGGCCUGUGCCCUCGGCAGGAGAUCAACUGAGAGUGACCUGGAAGUGAUACAGAUGUUCCCUGAGAAGGGCAACAUGGGAAAAGUGUUGCCGGAGUAUCUGAGCAACUGGACGACAGAAAAAGUCAAGAGAGAGGGUGUGAAAGUCAUCUCCGAAGCUUUGGUGAAAUCUGUGGUCUGCAAAGAUGAUAAAUUAGAAAUCCAACUGAAGGAUGGCCGUUUGGUGAAAACUGACCACAUUGUUGCAGCUGUUGGCCUGGAGCCCAAUGUUGACCUUGCUAAGUCAGCAGGUCUGGAGGUGGACUCUGACUUUGGUGGCUUUCGAGUCAAUGCAGAGCUGCAAGCUAGAUCCAAUAUUUGGGUGGCGGGAGAUGCUGCGUGCUUCUAUGACAUCAGACUGGGCCGCAGACGAGUGGAGCACCACGACCACGCCGUUGUGAGUGGAAGACUAGCAGGAGAGAACAUGACGGGAGCCAACAAACCCUACUGGCAUCAGUCUAUGUUCUGGAGUGACCUGGGUCCUGAUGUGGGCUACGAGGCAAUUGGGAUUGUUGACAGCAGCCUACCAACAGUAGGAGUGUUUGCCAAAGCCACAGCCAAGGAUACACCUAAAGCUGCUACGGAGAUGUCAGGAACUGGGAUCCGGUCAGAAAGUGAAACAGAGGACACUGCUACUAGCCCAGUGGCCUCUUCAACGCCUGCUCCCGCUAUGGUGCAGCACAAAGACGAGUACGGAAAAGGAGUCAUCUUCUACCUGAGAGACAAAGUGGUGGUGGGCAUUAUCCUGUGGAACGUGUUCAACAGGAUGCCCAUCGCAAGGAAGAUUAUCAAGGAUGGAGAGGAACAUGGAGAUCUGAAUGAAGUAGCCAAACUGUUCAACAUCCAUGACGAUUAAGAUGAUGGAGGCGGGCACUUCAUGUGGAGACUGAACUUUGGCAGCCGUUGCCACACUCUUUAAGAAACAACUGAUCACACAUAAAACAAAAAAAAACAGGAAAAUUCAUGUAAAUGAUGUCUGAGAUAUUUUUCAUAUUUGGAAUUUGUAUCUGCUGCACCUGUUUUGUUUGUUUCUUUUUUUUUCUAUCUAGGGAAAAUUAUUGUCUCAAUUUCCACCAAAUGUUCAUGUUUUAGAAAAUCAUGGUCAAGAUGUGAUUGUCUUUCUGCUUUUCCAAACCCGGCUGAAGAUGCUGAGCAUGGAUUAUCGUUUUCCUCUGUGUGAUCAGAGCAGCUUGUUGUGAGAGAAGCUGCAAUAAAAAGGCUAUUUUUAAA